AACAUGAGAACCGACUCUUCUCUUUGCCUAACUUGUAAAUAUAGUACAUUUCACUCAGCUGAAUCCUUUAUAGCUUUUAUUAGCCAACCGCAGUGCUCAAAUAAGUUGUCGAAUACUAGUCUUUUUCCUUCGUUCUACAACACCACAGUUGUUGGGCGGGUUUCAAAGAGAGUGAAAAGCAGACGUUGUCUUUUGCGUUGUCAAGUUCCAGAAAAGAAAGAGAAACAAAAACAAAUUCUUAAUGAGUUAUGGAAACUAGGCUGGUCGCUCGGGAAGUUUUUUAUCAACGUCAACAGCUCAAGUAAAUUUGUGCAAGAUUCAGUUGGAACAGAGCUUGAUAGGAUACCAAGAGGUGGAAAGCAAGAAAAAGACACCAUUCAGUCGGCUCAAAAGAAAACCUUGGAAGAGUUAGAAAGCCAACCAUUUUUGCAACUGACCUCGACCCCAACAACAACCGUGUUUGAUAUGCAAACUCUGGAGAUAGUGUCGCUGGCUCUGAACAAUUCAAAAAAAGGUAUCGAUAGCGUUUUGCCGUAUGAAAUACAACGUGUUCUGUUCGACGCUUUUUGCAAAGGCUCUUCAGUACCAUCGAAAACUUCACAUCUGGAAAAAGUCGGUAAAGCAACACGUUCCAGUGGUAAUUUCGAUAACAGAAUUGCAAACAGUACGCUGAAUUACUUUACUGGUUCAAAUAUUAUCGAAGAUAGCAGUAGCAGUGGAAGUAAGUUAGAAACAGAAAACUCAGCGAAGUUGACCGAUACGGAAAAUAUGAACAUUGAUGUUCAUCGCAAGUCAGAUAAUGCUCCCAAAGAGAAACUACACAUUGCGAAGGACUACACGAAUGCUGAAACUCUAGCUAGUAAUAUGACGAAUGCAGAAUAUACUGUGUCGUUGAAAAGUGAUCAACCGGAAUCAAAAUUGAAGGAAAACGUCAAAAGUCGCUAUCCAGAAAGUCUUUUCGACUCUUCGUUGCGUUUCUUUUCAAAUUUAGCUAAUUUAUGGAAUCCAUUUUUGAAAGGAGAGAAUGCUCGAAAUUCAAUGAAUUCCAGUGAAAUAGAGCAGCUUGAUAGUGUGGAUAGCCAAUCCAUAGCCAACGAAAACAGGACAGAAUCAGCGGAAACGAAACGCUUGAUUGAAAAUGUUCCAAAGAAUGAUCUCAAAAACAAAGGCGAGUCGACUUAUGAUCUUAUAAGAGCCGCAAAUGAUCUGCGUUGGAAAGAAGAUGCAGCAAAAUUUUUGGACAAGGAUAAAAUUAAUCAGCUUGUUCGUGCCUUAACUGAAGAUUCGGAAGAAAUACAAGCAGAUGCUGCUACUGCUUUGGCAAAUUUAGCGGCGAUUCUUCCUGCCACCAGAAGCCUUAUGUUGGAGUUUAAUGAUAAUCAAAUUUGUCAGUUCUCGAAAAGUAUAAUCUGUGAAGGUGCGACACGAAGUGCCCUACGUUUCAGAUGGAAGAGACCUUAUCGAUCGUCUUUGCAUCAAACUGGGCGACAGAUCGAAGUGAAAAUGUCGAUUCUUCAUUUAAUUGGCUCUUUAGCUCUUUGCUUCGAACCAGAAGGUAGAAAAUGGAGGAAACAGGCCUGUGAGGAUAAAGAAUUUGUUGCUGCUUUGAAACGAUUCAGUCGAGGUGCUAGUGGAGGAUAUUCAGAAGGAGUUGCAAGAUGUGCCAGAAGAGCUUUAGCUUGUUUAGGCAUCAAUAUUUGGAGUCCACGAGUUCCUGGACAGCGUGGUAUUAGAGUCUUAUCCUUUGAUGGAGGUGGAACUCGAGCUAUUAUGACUUUUGAGAUUUUAAAAUACCUGAAACGCAUUACUGGAUGUGAAAUUCACGAACUUUUCGAUGUGAUUGGUGGCACGAGUACCGGUGGUAUUAUUGCAGUGACCUUGGGCCUAAGAAAGCGACCAAUUGAGGAAGUAGAAGCUUUAUACAGAGAGUUGAUUGGAAAAAUUUUUACCAAGACACCUGUCAACACUCCGAAACUUCUCAUAACUAGGUCUUACUAUGAUGCAUCCAUCUUAGAGAGCAUUUUGAAGCGAGAAGCAGGAAAGUCAUUGUUCAUUGAUAGUGUGACGGAAGAUAAUGCCAAUAAGGUUUUUGUUGUCAGCUCCAUAGUUUCUCGAAAGCCUCAUGUAAUACAUUUAUUUCGUAACUACACUUUUAUGGAAGGAAAGGAGAGUAGAUACGAAGGUUCUGUAGAGGCUCAACUGUGGGAAGGUUUGCGGGCUUCGAGUGCAGCACCAACUUAUUUUAGUGAAAUGAGAAUCAAUGGGGAACUGUAUGCUGAUGGUGCUUUGGUCGCCAAUAAUCCUACAGGAGUAGCAAUCCACGAAACUAAGAAGCUGUUUCCAAAUGUUCCACUUGAACUUGUCGUAUCCAUUGGAACUGGAAGAUUGACUGGAUCAGAGUUACCCGAAGCAACACGUAGAAAGGAGUCGAGUCUUGGCUGGAAUGAUAUCAUUACUUAUUUAAUCAACUCAGCGACCUCUACAGAAAGUAUUCAUGAGAGUUUAGAAGAUUUACUUCCAUCAGAUAGAUAUUUUCGGUUGAACCCUGUGACGGACUCCAUAGAUAUUGAUGAAGUAAGGCCUGGUAAACUUGCAAAGAUGACAGAGCUUGCCCAGCAAUAUAUUCGGGAAAAUGAAGAUAGAUUGGAAUUGUUAGGUGAACUAUUGAGACCGAAACCUGCAAAGGCUCUUCAUGAAUUGUUGUUUGACUUGUUCCGAGUCCGUGGCUUUUAUGUGGAUUCGUUCUAUCAGAUUGGAGAUGAUUGGUAUUUCCCUGAGAAUUUUUGAAAAGAAAAAUGCCGAUGGAAUG